AAGGAAAUAGGAAAAAAUCAAGUUUUAUUUUCUUGAAGUUCUGGUUACAAGCUUCAGAUUUACCCUUCUUCUCUGCUCUCUUUCUCCCUCUCGAUCUCUCUAAUGCUCCUUCCAAGCUUCGCCAAAUUUCUCCCCUUCUCUCUCCCAAUUUUCCCCCAUUUUUUUUCUCUUCUCCUGAAGCCGAAGGUGCCCCCCCUUUUAUAUAGAAAUAGAGAGGACUCCAAUCCUUUUCUAAUUCUAAAUUCUAAUCUCAAUCCCCAAAAUUACAGAUAAUAAUCUAAUCCUAUUUGAAAUUGGAAUUCUAAAACUAAUCUAGUCUUUUUACACGUUUUCCUUCUUUCAAGACUAGAUUCAUACCUUUUAAAGAUCAGAACUCCUCAUUUGAAUCGACUUCGAAAACUUCCCCUUCAGUUCUUGAUAAAGACUUCAAAUCCGAAAAUCUCUUCUUGUGUUGUUGUGAUCUAUCCAAACUUUGAAUAUUGAAGAUAUUAUUAAUGCUAAGAAUAAUGAUGGAAGGACUGCUCUUCACAUGGCCAUCAUUGGGAAUAUUCACACUGACCUAGUUGAACUCCUGAUGUCUGCUCAAUCAAUCAAUGUGAAUGUUCGUGACACCAAUGGAAUGACUCCACUUGAUCUCCUUAGACAGCAUCCUCACACUACAUCAUCAGAUAAACUUAUCAGACAGUUGAUUUCUGCUGGGGGAAUAUUUGGUUAUCAGGACCAUAAUGCAAGAAGAGCAAUUGCUUCCCAUUUAAAGAUGCAAGGCAGUGGAAACAGUCCUGGGACUUCUUUCAGGAUAUCCGAUGCUGAAAUUUUCCUAUAUACAAGAGUUGAGACAAUAUCAGAUGCCAGUCCUGGUGAUCCAGGAAUUGUAUCACUGGGUUCAUCUUCACCAGAAAUAAGUCAAAUUGAAUCUACCAUUGAGAAUCAAAUCUCAUCAGUUGAUAAGAAACCAUGUUCCAAGAAUAACACAGCACAGAAAAUAAAAAGUGUCCUCCACUGGCCCCAGCUGAAAAAGACAAGGACUAAAAGGGUUCAGAAACAGGUAGAUGGGAAUUCUGAGCAAUCACAGAAAAAAGGGAAGAGUUCUAAUGGAGCUCCAAUCCCACUGAGGCAGAGAUUUGCAAAGCCUCCAUUACCUUCCAACAACAAAAGGACACUUUCCAUGAGGAGUAAUCAGUCUAGCCCAAUUGCAAAGAAGAAGCUUGCCUCAGGGUUAAUGCGUGGGGUUCUGCAGGCCAUGCCACAUUUAACCACUCGCAGCCGGUCUCAUUCAAGUUCAUUCUCAAAGUCAUCCAUUUCUUCUCCAAGUUCAUUGGAUAAACAAAAGGGUGUCUUUACUGAGACUGAUUUUGCAGGACCAUCUUGCUCCAACCAAGUACAUGAUGAUGGAAAAGCAAAUACAGCCAGCUUCAGAAAAUCAUUCAAGAGCCAGUAUUUCUGUUUUGGUGGUUCAGGAUUGUCUGUGAAAAUCCCAGUUAGCCGGCAAAGACAGAACCAGAGUGUUGCUAGUCCUCCUAUUGCCCUGAUGGCAUGAAUGGCUGGGGAUAACAAGAGUUGGACUUAUCAAUGAAUUCAUAAUGUGAGACAGAAGGGCAAAAAGUACUGACAUG